AUGGGCUUCACCACAGGACCAUGCCAGGGUGCCCUGCCGGAGUCAGUGACUGCACAAGCUCCCAUGAUGAUUUCCAGCAGUGGCACCGGGGAAACCUCUCAAUGGCAGGGCCUAGGACCUGCCCAGCCUGCGCAGAAAGUGACCCAGCCCAUGCAGAAAGGGACCAAGCCCCAGCAUCUGGCUCCAAAUGGGCACCUUGAGAAGCCCCUGGAGAGAAGUGUUCUUCUGCAGAAGCUGACUGUCUUUCACAUCGCUAUUGCUUUUGCACACCUGGCCUUUGGCGGUUACCUGCUCUCCACAGUUAAGAAUCUGCACUUGGUGGUGUUGAAGUGCUGGUAUCCAUUCUGGGGAGCUGUCUCUUUUCUCAUUUCAGGGAUCUUGGCAAUGACAACAAGGACAUUUCCCAAGACCUUUAUGAAGAUACUGUGUGUGACAGGAAACGUCAUCAGCUUCUUGUGUGCACUGGCAGGCCUCUUUGUCAUUGCCAAGGACCUCUUUCUGGAGAGUCCUUUUCUAUGGCCAAUCUGGAGACCAUACCCCAACGACACAGUCUAUAUCCAGAGACUGGAGCUGACCCUGCUCUGCUUCACCUUCCUGGAGCUCUUCCUGACAGGAUCCACAGCCGUCAUAGCCUGUAGGACAGAACGUCUGCAUGCCGAGGAUAAGGAUGACACCCCUCUCGUUCCUGACGCACCUGUGGAACUUGAAGGUCUCUCGAUGGGGCCACCACCAACCUAUGAAGAUGUGGCUCAAGGCCACCAGCUCUGGAUCACUGCUGGCCUCACUGACACUUUCCAUCAACCUCCACUUCACACAGGCCCCAGGCACUGGAGAGAGUAG